AUGAGGAGAAAUCCAAGAAGACAGUGUCGCGUUGCCGAAUGUGAGCUCGCACGCCCAACAACUUCGCGGCCUGCUCUGGUCUGCGCCACGACGGGGGACUGGAUACCUGUUGCUCCCCCAGCCCUGAUGACAUCCAGUGGCGCAGCCAUCGUCGGGCCGCCUUUGCCGGCCACUUCGUCUACAACACCGAUGAGGAGUGGCCGCCCACCACCGGCUCGCUUGGAAUCCUCGGGGGUUACUCCCCCGCCUACGGCUCCCGCAACCGGUGGUGUAGUGCGCCGCAUGAGAUGGCAUUUAUUAAAUGAAAGUGUCAUGCGGGCCUACUUCGGGGCGACAGAGGGUGGAACCAACCUAACGGCGUAUCGGCCUAAGAUGCUGUCUUUGUUUCAGACCCUUCACCCAAGUGUGUCUGUGACUGCCCAACGUCUAUCGGAUCAAGUGCGGGUCAUACAACGGCGUCACCUGUUAGAUGACUCUGUACUUGAGCGACUCUGUCACGAAGCGCGACCCCUUCACAAUGCAGCUGAAGUAUGUAGUGUUGCACCUGUGGACCCCGUGGCUGCUGAUGUGCUAACGGAACCACCAAGUGAAGAGAGAGAUCAGAGGUGUAUUUACCGUAACUGGGAGCAACCACAAAGCCAGGGACUUGAUUUACAGCGACCAGAUGCUACUGUGACUACUGCGUUUUGGAGCGGUAUCUGGUCGGUGCCAAUCGAGCACACUGAAGGCGAGUGGUUGAAUGUUGUCAGACGCUCGUGUGAAGCGGUUACCGAAAUGGGACCUGUAGUUAUUACAGGUUCUGACAUAAGUGCUGCAGUUCGUUCUGUUCCUAAUUGGAAAAGUCCGGGCCCGGACGGACUGCAGAACUUUUGGCUAAAAUGGUUCCGUAGUUCGCAUGAGCGCCUAGCAGCUCAAUUUCAAUUGGCAAUAGAAUUGGGCACGCUUCCAGAUUUCAUGACAUCAGGUAUAACACAUCUGAUCUAUAAAUCUGGAUGUUCUACGGACCCUAAGAAUUACAGACCAAUAACAUGCUUGCCUACCAUCUACAAGCUCCUUACAUCCAUUCUGAGAAUCAAAAUUGAAGCACAUAUUUGUACAAAUAACGUUUUGUCAGCAACUCAGAAUGGAUGUAAGGUUGGGUCCCGUGGUACCAAUGAUUGCCUCCUCAUUGAUAUGGCUAUUUGCCAACAGGUUAGGCGAAGUAAAAAGAACAUUUCUAUGGCCUGGAUUGACUACAAGAAGGCUUAUGAUUCGGUGCCCCAUGGAUGGUUAAGUAAAGUGCUGGAAGUAUAUAAAAUACAUCCUACACUUCGCACUUUCCUUAACUCAUGCAUGGGACAGUGGACCACAAGCUUUUCCAAUCCAGGGCAGGGAAACCUUUCUACUUCCUCUAGCCGGAUUGGAAUCCGGCGUGGCAUCUUUCAAGGUGAUAGUCUGAGUCCAUUGUGGUUUUGCUUGGCUCUGAACCCUUUAAGCACACUGCUAAAGAGUUCAGAGCUAGGUUACCGUCUACGUAGAGGGGGCGAGAUCAUAUCACACCUUUUGUACAUGGAUGACCUCAAGUUGUACGCAUCGAAGAAGUCUGACUUAAUGACUUUGCUUAAAAUUACCGACGAUUUUAGCAGAGCCAUUGGUAUGACGUUUGGUGUGGACAAAUGUGCGGUCAUAAAUGUACAAAAGGGGAAGGUUGUAGCUUCUGAGAAUCUACAGCUUACUCAGGAUGUGGCUCUCGUUUCCCUCUCGGAGAAUGAAAGCUACAAAUAUCUCGGUAUGUCGGAAGCAUUAGGUAUUAAUGACAAAGGUAUGAAACAACUGGUGAAAGAACGGUUCUUUUGCCGCCUGAAAAAAGUUCUAAAAAGUCUUUUAUCGGGUGGGAACAAGUGCCGUGCUUUUAACAGCUGGGUCAUGCCAGUCUUAGCCUACUCUUUUGGCAUACUGAGAUGGUCGCAGACAGAACUGGAUGCCUUGGAUAGAAAAGUUCGUCGAUUGCUUACAGCAUACCGGAUGCAUCAUCCACGUUCGUCUGUAAUGAGGUUAUACAUCCCGCGGAAACAUGGGGGUCGUGGCUAUUUAAAUGCCAAGACCCUGCAUAACCGCGAGGUGCACAAUCUUAGGGAAUAUUGCCUUAAGGUGAACGUGGGAAUGUAUCAAGAUGUUGUAGCAAUGGACAAAGGAGUCACGCCGCUUUCCUUGGCUACCACGAAUUGGCGAAGGUUACCGGUACUAAGUGUCUCAGACCGCAUUAGUGUAUGGAAGAGCAAGGAGUUACACGGUAGGUUCCAUCGCGCCUUAACAGGGCCUGAUGUGGACCAAUUAUCCUCCGUGGCUUGGCUGCGCUUCAGCAACCUCUUUGGGGAAACUGAAGGUUUUGUCUUUGCAAUCAUGGACGAAGUCAUCGUAACGAACAACUACCGAAAACAUAUUCUAAAGGAUGGUACGAUUGACAUUUGUCGGGCAUGUCGUCGUCCCGGUGAGUCUAUUAGACAUAUCGUUUCCGGUUGUUCUCGACUUGCGGACGGUGCAUACUUGCAUAGACACAACCAAGUGGCCAAGAUUAUCCAUCAGCAACUUGCCCUUAAAUAUGCUCUUGUGGAUACUGAGGUACCUUAUUACCAAUACCAACCUUCUCCUGUUCUGGAAAAUAGCUAUAUCACGCUCUACUGGGAUCGAUCUAUUAUUACAGAUAGGACUAUUACUGCCAAUAGACCCGAUAUAGUAAUAAUAGACCGGUCUGAGGGUUGUGUAAUGUUAGUCGAUGUCACUAUUCCACAUGACGAGAAUCUCGUGAAAGCUGAAAAAGAAAAAUUACUAAAAUACUUAGACUUGGCUCACGAGAUUACCGCCAUGUGGCGUAUGAAAUCGACUACCAUUAUUCCGAUAGUCGUAUCGGUUAUUAAAUAG